ACCAGUUUCACCCAAAAACACACACACUUCAUGAUUUGCAAAACCCACAAAACAUUUUGUCCAACAAACACAAUCCAAGGCAAAGACUCCAUCGUUUUUGUGUUUUUAUCAAAACCCAACAAACCAUUUUGUCCAAAACCGCACAAAUCCAAGCAAAAAGAUUUCAUCUUUAAUUGUCUCCAACAAAACCCAUGAAUCAUUCUGUCCAUAACUCCAGAGUUGAAACCAAAGUUUCCAUCUUUGUUUGAUUCUGACAAAACCCACAAGCCAUUUUGUGAAGCAGAAUGAGCUGCCCAGCAAACAGCUUCAGCUACAAUGGAAGCCACUGUGCUUGUGCAGUUGGGUAUCUUCAGAACCUUACCAGCAACGCCUGCGUUCUCUUCACAGCGAACUCCACCAUCUCCACCGACAACGGCAUCUCCGAGAACUCUUACUCCUUUGGAAUACCGGAGAGCAUCUUCUCUUUCGAUUCCAUCAAAAAGUUUACACAGUCCCAAGCUGUAUUCUUGGAGGCCACGCUUGUUUUGCUGCUCUCUUGGUUUGUGUUUUGCUUGUUUCUGAGGUUGACAAAGGUUGGGAAUGAUGGGAGGAGCAUCUGGUUCAGGAUGAGAUGGUGGGUUAGCAGAUUGGAUGUUUGCUUUGCCACUAGGCAUUGGCUGGAUGAUCAAAAGGUGGUUAAGAAACGGAAAACAGAACUUGGUGGAAUGUUUUCGACAGCAAGCUGGAUACUCUUCAUUGGUUUGUUUGCCGCGUUGCUCUACCAAAUCAUAACAAAGAGAAGUAUCGAGGUACAUAAUGUCAGAGCAACAAAUGCACCCGACUUGGCCUUGUUCAACAAUGACCUGGAAUUUAACAUCACCACUAUUUCUAGCAUGUCCUGUUCAAACUUACGUGAUCUUGGUACUUUGGUUACCGGGAAUCCUGGCUUCAUUGAUUACAGAAGGGCUUCUCUGUCAAAAUUUGGAAACUACUCGUGUCAAAAUACAAGUAGUGGACCAAUGAUAACUCUUGGGUGCAAUAAUUGUCAACCAAUUCAAGACAAUAUGUACAUUUCCUGGCAGUUCACUGAUCUUCCUAAUAAUCCUGCUGCUGCUGUUGGAUUUCAGUUCAAUCUUUCUACAAGGAGUCAUACUAAUAAAAGACAUCUGAGUUUUGUUAGUGGAACCCUAAAGAAUGGAAGUACUUUUGAUGACAGACCAGUUACAUUCAGAGGGAGUAAUACAAAUAUACUGAAAUUCAGUUUAUUUCCACGGAUAUACCAUCAUCUACAUGAUCUAAGGCUCAUCCAACCUCUGUUUCAUGAGUUUGUACCGGGUUCAUUCUUUAGUGACACAAGUCAGCUCCAAGCAUCCCUUCAAAGUCCUAAGGAUGGAAUACUUAACACUACAUUGUACAUCAACUUCCUCUCUGACUAUAUUGUGGAGAUAGAUAAGAAAAAUAUUAUGGGUCCUGUGAGUUUCCUUGCGGAUCUUGGCGGCUUAUAUUGCAUCUCAAUUGGCAUAUUUUUCUACCUUCUGGUGCAAUGUGAGUUUAGGAUAAAAAAUCUUCGGAAUGAAGAUAGCGUGAUGCGCACAAUCAGAAAUCGGCGAAAAGCUCAAGACCGUUGGGAUAAAUUGAGGAAAUAUGUGAUGUACACAUGGAACUGCAAAGCAUUGGAUGAUUACUAUGAGAGCACAAACAACAGAUCAGGUUGCACUGGUUUCAAUACAAGACCGAUACUUCGAAAUGGGACAGUACCGAAGCGAAUGCAACGAGAAGCAGAUACCAUUAGUAGGAAACUCAGUUUACAUAACAAGAAGACUGUGGUUCAAGAAUGUGUGGACACUGUUGGGGAUGUAGAAUUAUGUACAUCGGGAACUAGAGUGAACCCUCCAGAAAGUUCAUCACGCACUGGAGCUAAAAUUGGACAUCAUCUGCAAAGUGAAUCACUUGCCCCUACAACGAAUGGAAAACAUCAGAGGGUUGCUUUGUGCCAGCAAGAUUCAUCCCUACCUAAAGCAUCGUCUCUCACCAUUGACGAUAUCAUUCCCCCACCCCCUUCACUUGAACUGAAGGACCCUGCUGAAAUGGAUAUGUCUGAUGUUCAGAAGAAUCUUAGAAGUUUGUACGAGUACAAUGUACUGCUUAGGGAAAAAUUAGUAGAGGCUCAGUCUUUGUUCCAUUCUUUAGCUACAAAAUCUUCAACAGAAGGCCAAACGUAGCUUUCCAUACAAGGAUAUCCCUUAGUAUAUACGUUUGUAGAGUGGUCAUUCCUUUUCACGAAUAGUCUGCAGUAUUAUUUGUUUUUUUUGAAACUUGUUUGUAGAGUUUUACAAUUUGCCAAAUCUGAAGCGAUAGUCUGUACCA